AUGGAUGCUGCGGCGUUUGCGGACUGGGUCGAACUACAAAACUUGAUAAAGGAGCGUUAUCCGGACCUACCCUUUCACGAGGCGUACGUCAACCUUCUCCAUGAUGCGUUCAUCAAGUUGCCCAAAGAAUGCAUGGAGAGGAUUGCGCCGAUGCUACCAUACCUUAUACAACAGUCACCUGAAAUCUUGGGGUUGAUCGGUACUCGCUGCGGAUAUCCGGAGGUGACGUUCUUCUCCCAAUUGGGUGGUAUAAUCAGAAACAUCAUAUCGGCCAACAACACCAAUACAAGACCUUCAGUAUUGAAUGAGGCUGCUUCUAGUUCAGCGCGUCUAAGCGCCGAGGCAGUGGCAACAAGUGCCCAGUUUGCAGCUGAGAACAUGCGAAGGGCUACCGAUUCAGCAGGCCGUGCUGUCCGACAAGUCCAAGGAAUCCACGUGAUUGUGAAGUCGCUUGUCGAUCGGAUCGACUAUUACGGACGUUGGGCACAAACCGCCUCGGCUAUUCAAAUCGCCCAGAGAAACAAGGCAAUCCAGAUCCUGGCCGGAAUAAGUGAUCAUCUCGGCGAGAGCAACAGCAUUGCUGUGUCAGGCAGCGGAGGCCCUGACGGUUUUGCUAAGCCCGUCUACGAUUUCAUCAAAGAAGAAACUGGUACGGGGCAUUCCGUCGACUGA